AUGGAUGGCCUUAACUGUGAUAAACAUGCGAGAUACUUUAGCUUAUGUCUUAUGAUGCUUCCAACUAAGGCUCAAAGUGAAGAUGCCAAUCAUAUGGGUAUCGUUUACUUUUGUCUCCAAGGGCUCUCACUCAUUAAGCGGAUGGAUGUUGUUGAUAAAAACAGAGACGCGUAUAUCAAUUACGUAUAUAGCCAGUUACAGGAGACAGAAGAUUUACAAUGGUUUAGUACUUCUUCUACAUUCAUUGGAUCUGGAAACUAUGAUAUGCCUAACUUGUCGAGUACCUACUUUGCACUCGCAUCCUUGCUAGCACUAAAGGAAGACUAUACUAAAAGAAUUAAACCUGAUAAGGUUAUGAGAUUUGUUCGUCAGCUUCAAAUGAAGAGUGGACCUUUCGCUGGACUGUUCCAAACAGUAUUAGAUUCUAGGAUUGGUUCUGGCUUUGGCGAUACUGAUUUGAGGUACUGCUAUUUAGCUCUUUGCAUCAGAAGGCUUGUUAAAUGGGAAAAACUGGGUAUCAAUAAAGAAGAUAUUGAUGUGGAGUUACUACAAUCUUUCAUUCUUCGUAAAGUCAGCUACAAUGGAGGGUUAAGUUCUGUUGAUUCUACUGAACCUCAUGCUGGAUUAACAUUUUGUGGUAUUGCAGCCCUAAGUCUUUUGGGAUAUGAUUUUAAUUCUGCUUCCUGGACUCAACGGACCAUUAAUUGGCUUGUAAAACGACAAUCGGAUUACCCUUCUUGUCUCUAUAAUGAGCCAGAUAAUGAAGGUGUUUUCGGUUAUGAAUACUACACAGAAGAAGAUGUUGGAGGGUUUAAUGGUCGUGAAAAUAAAUUUAGUGAUACAUGUUAUGCAUGGUGGGUUACUGGGUCACUUUCCCUUAUAUCUCCAACUAUUGGGGUAUCCCUUAUAAACAUGGACCAGGCAAUGUCAUAUCUCAUUCAAGGUACUCAGAAUAAGAUCAUGGGAGGAUUCGGAAAAGAUCCAGAUCUGCAACCCGAUCCCUUCCAUUCAUUUUUAGGUUUAGCUUCAUUAUCAUUAUGGAUGCUGAAGGACUCUAGCUCUAUAUUAGACGCCAUUGACUCCCAAUUGGCCAAAGAACAGGGGAGUAAGACUUCGACUCAUUUACUUGCUGGAUCACUGGCUGGACUUGUUUCAGCUGUCCUCUUACAACCGUUAGAUCUUUUAAAGACUCGAUUGCAACAGCAACAAAAGCAAAAUGCUCGUUACCAAACCACUAUUGUUGCAGAAAUAAAGAAACUUAGGGAAAUCAAAGAUUUAUGGAGAGGUGUACUCCCUUCAACUUUACGUACUUCAAUUGGAGCAGGACUCUAUAUGACUAUUCUCUCCAAAACCCGGCAGUUUAUGUUUGAAUUUAAAAAGUCACAUCAAUGGCAAAACCAAGAAGGUGUACUGAAGCUGUCAAUCUUACCUAAACUUUCCGCAUGGGAGAACUUAUCUGCUGGGUUUUUUGUUCGUGGGUUUGUUGGUUGGUUAACCAUGCCCAUUACUGUUAUUAAGGCUCGUUAUGAAUCAAACCUCUAUAACUAUAAAUCAUUAACAGAAGCCGUCAAAGGUAUAUACUAUAAUGAAGUGCCAACUGGAUCAGUAAUUGUGGAAGGCGGCGUAACUGCACCUGGUUCUCUCCGAAACUUCUUUGCUGGAACAGGUGCCACGCUAGCUAGGGAUUGUCCUUAUGCUGGAUUGUAUGUCUUAUUUUAUGAAGCAUUUAAGAAUGAGAUCUUACCAGCAGCUUCAGGAUCUUUUCUACUCCCUUCAUCAAUGGUUAAUUCCUCUGCAGCAGUGCUUGCUGCCGCCAUGGCUACCACAAUUACAGCACCCUUUGAUGCUAUCAAGACUCGGCUCCAAUUAAGUGGUCAAACUAAAAACUCUAUGAUAUCUGCUACCAGAACUUUGCUUGGUGAACCUGGAGGAGUUCGGAACUUAUUUCGUGGACUCAGUCUUCGGCUUGGUCGUAAGGGGCUCAGUUCUGGUAUCAGUUGGUGUAUCUAUGAGGAAUUGAUUAAAACAGGAGUUAUGUCCCAGCAAAAGAAGCUUUCAUAG